GUAAUGACAAGUACCCGGAGAAUCUCGCUCAAACCAUGCGACAGGCUUCCUCCUGUCCGCUUUGUUUGUUCACCAUAGAUGAACAGCCAUUGGAUGAACGACUCGUGGCCAACGAUUCUUCCGAUCAGAAUAGAAACACUUCUUGGGCCAUGGGAUCACACGUUGCCGACCACCUCCACCACCUGAUGAUAAUUUCUCUCCAGAUUAUGUCGGCCAUGCAGGUUUCGCACAAUGAAGAUCAAGACCAACGUCAAGGUCACCCUCAGAGUCAGUCGAGUGGUCCGAGCACCGCUUUCUCCGCUCUUGAUGAUGGUGAGAUGAGAAAGCGUCUCAACGACUUACCUGACAGUAUCUCGGGAUCAAUGAACAUGUCUGAGUCAUAUCAAGAGACCGCAUGGAUAUCUGUGAUGCAAGAAAAAUCUCUCUCUAUGGCCGACAACAUGGCGAGCCUAGCAUUGACGUACAUCAGCCAGGACCUGUGGACGCAGGCAGAAGUGCUUGAGGAACAGGUAACGGAGGCGAGAAAAGAGGUGCUUGGCAGUGAGCAUCCCGACACGCUCGUUAGCAUCAACCAGCUUGGAGUAAUCUUUGCGAGCCAGGGCAAAAAUGAAGAUGCAAAAUCGAUGUAUCAACAGGCACUUCAAGGGCGGAUAAAAGUGUUGGGAGCUGAGCACCCAAAUACACUCGCUAGUAUGACCAGCUUAGCAGCGAUAUACAAGGAUCUGGGCCAGUGGGAGGAGGCUGAAAAGCUAGAGAGGCUAAGACUUGCAUCACAUACAUCUAUUGGUCCCGAACGGGACGGCCAUUCGCCGCCCUCAGGAACGAACACUCGUGUGCCAUUAACGGAUGCAACCCAAGGCCGCCGUAAACGGAGAUACUCUGGCUCUUUGAAAGUGAUACAACGCCCCCUCUCGAGCGAUUCAGAGAUUUGGAAUAUAUCCGAUCUUUCUAACGAUUUCCUUGCUGAGUCGCUCCGUUGGCAUCCUACUGAGAGGGACAUUGAAUCUCUCGCCAGCCCACACCAUUAUAACGUAGUGGCUGACGUGUCAUACUCGAUUCCUCUAAUCUUCGGGUUUGGACCUGCGAUCAAAGUUUCUGUUCAUCCUCUACGGAUCCGGGAUUUGCCUUUCUUGUGUCAUAAUCACGUUAUCUACGAGUGGCCUCCCAGUUCAGCACCUCCACAAACUUACAGUCACUUAGUCCUCCCCGCUACCAUGAGUCAGGAUUCUAUGACCAAUUUACCAACUGACCUGGAUAAUCACCUUAGCCUCCUGGUAAAGUCCCAUUUCCGUUCAUUUCCUUUGUACUGCUCGCCAAUCACCGUUCUACGUGAGGUCUAUGUUCUCUACCUUUCACUACCUCAGAACACACACGAGCAUCUAUUAGAGCAAGCACUAAAACUUCUUACACUCGUACACCUAAGCGGAGACAUAACUAUUCCAUCACCAUCAACGAAUUCAGUCUUAGAUGAGUUGAUUGGUUCCACAAUGACACUAGAGGAGCCAUUAGCAACCACUCCUUGUUUUAUCCGCGCCCAAUUCGGGACGAUCGCGCAAACUCUUGCUCUUUCCCUUAUGAAAGAAGUCCUACUCUCUCUGGAAGAACUAAGUCUCAAGAACGGGCUGCGUGUAUGGCCUGUCGCACUCGCAACUCUCAUGCUGGUUCUUAUGACCAUCGAGUCAAUACAAUAUCACGCCUCGAAACUGCCGUAUCACCAUAAUUACGAUUCCACGGAGUCAAAGCCGGGAAGCGAAAGCCAGCUCGAAAAUGAAGAUGCUGUCAAGUCUCUUCUCGCUUUUUACACCGCUCGUUUUGGAGACUACCAUUCACGACUUCAUGAUAUGAGAGAUAGAACGGCUACCGGGUCGAGCGAUCUUGAUAUGAAUCCCGAGGACAAGUUCAUUGAGAAUAUCCGUGAAAUGAUAAAGAAAAUUUCGCUGGGGGAAUAUGCAGUGCGUAGAGCGGGUGCUGAGAGAGUAGAUCAGGACAUGCAGUGGUUCUUCGAUCGGCUGGUUGCGCGCUUGCUGGUUUUGGACACGAAGUAA